GAGCAAAGAGGCAAGUGUCACCAUGAUCAGCUUAUAUGGGGUGGAUCUUAAAUCUGCGAGACUGCAUUAAUCAUAACUGCAAGAUGAAGACGUGAACAUACGCAUUAUCCUUCCCUUGCGCAGCAUCAUAAUAGACUUCCCUCGCGAUCUUGAAGCCUUCACGCUGCACAAUACUACACCAGCGCGCGGCCAGACUUCCUACAGCUGCCAGGCUGGUAGGCGGAGGCUGGAAGGGGGAACACAUCUAUUUUCUGCUAAUAAUAAUAACCAACAAAAUGAAGCGGAGAAAGAUGAUGGUAGCGGCAGGCUUCUGUCUCUCGUUUUUAAUGGGGACGCUGAUGAAUCUAUUGUUCAUUCCGGGAUUCGAGCACCACGGUGAGAGGGUUCAUCGCUACCACUACGAACAACAGCAGCAGCAGCCCGACGCGGACGCUUCUGCCCGGCUUAUCGUCGACGUCCCGCCACCCGCUGAAGCACAGUACGAUUCCACAGCGGCCGUCGGGAGACUAACGGAGCUGCAGCUGCAGAUACGCGAGAGAUUAGAUGAGGUUCUGCGGUAUCGCCAGAGACGGGCGCACUGGCUCGGCACCGGAGACGCCGCACGACCGCUGGAGCGCAGGCGACUCAUGGACAUGGAGCAACGCAACUACUGGGAAUCAUAUAAAGCAAUUGAGAAAAACAAUAAUUAUGAACACGCCAGCCAUCGAUCUCAACCGACUUCCGCUGCAUCCACAGCAACAAAAUCAGACCGGGAGUUUACGCGUGAACCGAUGCUCGGCUGCAGCAGCAUUGACAACGUUACCAACGUUCAGUAUUUGGGCUCAGGAUACACAAAGGCGGUGUAUAAGGCGGCAUUGAACAGCAGCUUCUCCGUCGCAUUAAAAUCGGUAGACUUCGGGGGUCACGAUAUGGAGAAUUGUGUGAAGAAAUACGCGUCUUCACGGGACUGUUACAAACUCGCAUCCUUCAAAAUUGUCAAAGAAAUGACGCUGAUGGAGAGACUGCAGCACCCAAAUAUUCUCAAGUUGUACGGCUACUGCUACCAGGACAGCAAUGAUAUACAGGACACUGUGACGGCGAUCACGGAGCUGGGCAGCCCGCUGGAGAUGAUUCAGUUGCUGCAGACGCCCUGGGAGGAAAGAUUCAGGAUCUGUUUGAGUCUGAUGAGGCUGUUACACUACUUGGCCCACUCUCCACUUGGGUCGGUCACUCUGCUGGACUUUAGGCCACGGCAGUUCGUCCUAGUUGUGGGAGUGUUGAAAGUGACCGACCUGGAUGACGCCAGUGUUGAGGAGACACCUUGCUCACCCUCUUCUCCCUUAGAUUGCCUCAUGGAGUUCCCUGCCCGCAACUUCACCCUCCCCUGCCACAAGUGCCGUUGUCAGGGUAUCAAUGAAAAGAGAAACCUCUACAAUGCUUACAGAUUUUUCUUCACCUACUUGUUACCUCACAGUGCCCCCUCAGCACUGAGACCCAUUCUGGACAAAAUUGUCAAUUCUACAGGAGAGCUGAUCUGGGACACAGAUGAGACUCUGGUUCACCUCGAAAAGGUGUUGGAUAUGUACAGGAAUGGACAUUACCUCAAGAAUAACACACAGACACACAAGACUGAGUAUGAAUGUGUCUCAGGUGUCUCAAUAGCCGAGGAGAACUACCGCUGCUGGCCAUCCUAUCAGCACGAUGGAUGCAUGCUGUCAGUCUUUAGCAUCGAUGAAGCUAUUGACGUGUGUGAGAGCCACGCCCAGUGCCGGGCCUUUGUUAUGACCAAUCAGAGCACUUGGACAGACCAUCUGCUCGUACUCUUCAAAACCGGUGCAGCCAGCAUGGCAGCGGCUCCAGGUAAACUCACCUACAUACGACAGGGGACACCUGAGCGCUGAACAGAGAGAAUGGCAUAUAGCAGCAGUCAUACAUCAUCAGUAUCUCCUGAUUGGCUCCCUCUGAAGAUACUUAUUUUGUUGCUCAGGAUUGCCCAAGAGAAAACACCCUUCAGGAAGUUAGAUUUUCUCUUGACUGACUCACUCAGGUGGAUGUCAGCUGUGAACUAAGGCCCAACCAAAGUGCAAUACUGCCUCUCUGAAGCUGGGGUUGGACAGUCGGUCCCCUCCCUGAGACUUUGAAUGUAUACCUGGCAGAGAUGCAGAGAGUGGUAUUUUGUGCUUGUCAUGGCAAGACACAAGAUAGUCUAAGGGUUUAAGAGCAUAUGUGUGUAUUUAAUGAAAUCUUCUGUCAAUAUCUCUCUUUCACUCUUUCCCUCAAUCUUUCAUUCAUUCACUCUUUCUGUCCCUGCCCACAGACUCCUCCUUUAUUCUCCAUGAUAUUCAGCACUUUUUCCCCCCAUGUGAAACAGGGUCUAUUUGUUUGAGCUUUUAAAAGCUUUUGCUUUGAUUUUUGAAAAUCUCACAAAAUAUUUGCUCAUGUACAACAAAUUCUUCUAUCAACUUAUGUGCCCAAAAGUGAACUCAGACCGGUUUAAACGUGUAAUUUAUUGGUUUAACGUGUAUGUAAAUGCCUCCUCUUUUGAAUAUGAUAUUUUUUUCUUCUUAAUGAAGAAUUUAGUUUGCUAAAACAUUCUGAAAAGAUCCGCAAUAUCUGUAUCUGUGCUAUUACAAUCAAAGAAACAUUUGCUUUCUUACCUCUGUUCUUGUCAUUAAAACUUUUUAUGUUCUGUUCUGUUUUAUUUUUCAAUGUUUUUAAUGACAGAAUGUAAUGACCAGACCCAUACGAAAUCUGGGGCCGCAGAAUUCUACAGAAAGCUCGGCAGAAAUCCAUUACUAGUAAUCUUUUUUAAUUAGGCUAAUUUUAUUGUCACUAUCAUUUAACAAAUUUCACUAUGUUUAAAUCCAUUCCACAAAAUCUGAAGAUUUCGAUUUUGACCAGGUAACAGCAUAUUUGAGAGGGUUAAUUGUGAUACUUAAAUUUCAGAUGGUGGAUGUUGGAUGUUGGUGGUUAGUCAAACAAUCCCUUUGUUGUGUGAUAAAGUUUCCCAAGGAAAUGUCACAUCAACUUAUUACUUGACAGGUGAAGGAGUUCAAGAUAUUUCUGCUUUCAGAGAAAGCACUGAGAUAAAAUGUAAAGUUUUCUUAUGCGUCUUAUGCUUGUGUUGUGUAUGUAUAAUUGCAAUGGUGCUGAUGAGAUUGAUAUUUUUAUAUGUAAAUAUAAAGUCAUGUGAC